CAACAAGGCUAUGUCGCAGGUAGGGCAUAGACGAGGCUACAUAAGUCUUGGAUCCAAAAGACCACAUAAAUACGCGCAACCUCCGUGACCUCAAAUAUUUAAACUUCCCCCUUCCUCCCAUCCCCAUCACCCAAGCCCCCAACCAUGUCCGAACUCCCAGGCUACUCGCCCUACGGCGUGCCCCCCCCCGCCGCCUCCUCCACCAGCUCCCUCGCACCCUCCACCUCCGCCUCCGCCUCCACCGCCCCCGUCCCCCCCUCAACAGACCCCCCCACCUACCUCCCCCAACCCAUCCUCCGCACCACCCGCCACAACCUCGCCGGCCCCAUCCAAACCGUCUCCCUCUCCGACAAGCAACACGACUACUUCCUCGCCACCCGCACGUCGCCCACGACCUACACCCUCUCCCUCACCUCCGACCCCACCCCCCUCUACCGCAUCGAAAUCUCGCCCUCCCCCGCCUCCGACCCCGCCAUCCAGCUCUUCGACUUCCAUGACCCCUUCCCCCUCGCCGCAGCUCGCAUGCCCCCCUUCGUCACCACCUUCGCCUCGGUAUGCACGCGGGAACCCGCCGGCGCCGGCGCAGUCUGGCACCGGAUGACGGACUCGCACGGGGUGCUGGCGGUGGAAAUCGUGCCGGGGCUGCCGGUCGUGAAUCGCGACGUGGUGUGGAGCACUCCGCGGCUGACGACGGGGCUGACGUGCACGCUGCUCGGGUCGCUGUUUGGAUGGGAUGGGGAUGGCGUGACGUUGGCGAGGUAUGGGAUGACGGGGCCGGGGUUUAGGGCGGAUAUGGUGUUUGAUAUUCUUAGGGGCGGGGGGAUCGAGUUUGAGUUGGGGAUUGUGAUGCAGGUUUUUGUGAAGUUGGAGGCGGAUAGAAGGAAGCUUGAGAAGAAGGGGAAGGGGAAGGGGAAGAAGGGGAUGUAGACGCGUGGGUAUGCUGCUUGUCACGCGGAUGUUGGAAGAGGGACUGUAUACCCCGUAGAGCAGUAGCUGAGGCUUUCAUAAAUGCGGGCGCUUUCGCGGGCCAUCUUCUUUUCCCUCUUAAUUAUCUGGGCUUCCGUCUCGUAAGUAAAGUACAAAUACAGGUCGA